UGCUGUCUGCAUGAGCAUCAUCUCGUGGUUGGACGAAACAUUUUUACUGUAGACCAGGUAGACUGUAGUGAAGCAAACAGAUUUGCUUGUGGACGACGUUCAUUUCGACAAUGAAAGCAAGUUCACACGAUACAGAUCUGAGUGAAGCUGAGAAGACCGUAGAGCGAAGUCAUUACUUGUGCUGCUGCUGCCCGGCUUAUGAAGAUUUAGAACGGCGAACAACGACACUAUAAUGUGGUCCGGCGGAUCUCCUGCUUGAGUUGUCAUUGGGGACGAGUUGCCAGUUUCGCCAUCCGGUCUCUAGAUUACCAUGAGUGCCAGCAGCGAGAAUCAAGCCGGUGGACUGAAAGAGAGUCAAGCUGGAGGCCUGAAAGAUGCUGCUUCCAAGCUGUCACGAAAGGUCUCGAAGCGCGUGGCCAAGAUCAAGACUAACUCAACGCAGCUCUUGCACAACCAGCAAGGACCGCCAGACUCCGUAAGCAGUACCGCCUCGGAUGUGGCACCUCUUGCUGGGCCUAGCGUGGUCGUUCCCGGCGACAAUGCGGCCAACGAUGUCGGCAGCCCGUCUAGUACGGGAGGCGGUGGCUUUGCUAAGCGGAAAGGCAACUCUGUGCGUCGCCUGGUGGGCUCAAUACGUAACAAGCGCGACUCGACGUUGCAGAGUCCGUCAGAGGGCCGACGGGCCUCGCACGCCUCCACCCUGGGCAUGAGCCUGAAGGCGGCUAUCACCAGUCCGAGCACGCGACGCUCCUCGUCCGCGUCCACCAUGGGCUUCGGCGGUGCGUCAGCGGCGCCCAGCAUCGGCCCCUGCUCGUCCUCAACCGCCCUCGUCGCUGAGCUUGGUGGUGGCGACGACGUGUACAUGGAGAUGGUGGACGGGUGUCCGACUCCGCCGGGCGCAUCACUCAGUCGCACCAGCAGCCAGAGCAGCUGCAAGGCCAGCAACUCCGUGCAGUCCUGCUCGCCGUUGCCGUUGACGGCGGUGGUUGCCCCCGCGGCGGCUGCGGUGCCUACGCCCGUUACCGUGACGAUGACGGCAGCCGACGAGCCGCUGCCGGCCGUGCCGCGGAGGUCGUCGUCCGUGUCCGCGUGUCGUGUGCCGUCGCUUGGCGUUCGCUCGGCGUCCGAGGAGGUUCACCCACCGGCUCUGGGCCCUACCGAGCCGCCGCCUGCAGCCGCAGUCAAUGACAGUGCGGAUCAGACGUACUUGUUGGACAUGGCCGAGUCUGAAGAGUGCUACAUGGAGAUGACCGACAUCAGUGUGCAGAACAAGCAGACGCCGGAGCCAGAGGACACCGUGCCAGAGCUGCUUAAGAACCCCUCGGUGGAUCACGUCGCCGACCAGCCUGUGCUGCCGAAGCCGCCACGUCGCACUUCGUCGGCACGGCGCACCAGAGUCAGCCGCCAGGCGUCGGAGGGGUCCAUACCGGCAUCGGUGCUUGCCAACAUCAACAACUCGGGAGGCAACGACGAUGUGGGCUCUCUGUCCUCGUUCCCCGGCCGUGAGGUGGCGCGCUGCUCCCUGGGAGCGAUCAGCCUGUCCUCGCUGGAGGAGUUCAAGGCACUGACCGAUCCCGAUGCCAUCUCUCUGGUCAGCAUGAGCAUGUUCAGUCCGCGCGGCAGCCGCACCGACUCCCUCGACAGCAAGGGCUCGGUGGCGGUGGGGGCGCCCACGUUAGCCCCCACAAACGCGCCGCCAUUGCCGCAGUCCGCACGGCCAACGACUGGUGGCAACAGCGGCGGCCAGCAGCAGCCGCAGCUGCCGCCGAUGAAGCGUGCCAUGGCGCGCGGCGGCCAGGCCAACAGCCUGCCGGAUACAUUACACGCUGACAGUGGUGCUGCCGCUGCCAAUGCGGGUAGUCCUGGCAACGUCAGCGCCAGCAGCCAGGGAAGUACCAGUGGUGGUGGCGGAGGCGGGUAUCGAACGGCACGCGGCAGCGUCCGCUCCAAGCUGGCCAGCAUGGGCGUGAGCGCCGACGAAACGCUGCUCGCCAAGAAACACGAGAUGCUGAGCUCGGUGAAGUCGCUGGCCAGCAACCUGAAGAUCAAGACCAGCAAGGGGGGUGAUAUAUCGCGCUCGACCAGCAAGGCGAGCCUCGACUGCUCCGACAACAUCUCCAUCACCAGCGAGAUAUCCUUCACGGAUCGCACCAGUGGCGUUCUCAAGAACGUCAGCCGCAAGCUCUCCGUGCGCCUGAAGAACUCCAUGUCCGAGGCGGAGAGCUCGGCGCGGGAGAGUUUCCAGCGCCUCAUGUCCAGCAGCAGCAGUGUGGACGUGAGGGACGCGGCCGUUCCGAUACCGCCGGCCUCGUUCAUGCAGAGUAUGUCGGACUCGAUCGACAGCAACCGCGGGCCUCGCAUCAGUCACAGUGGCACCGCGUUUGACAGCUCGGUCGACGACGACGACGACGACAACUCGGAGAGCGACAGCACGUGCGACGGGCAGUACAGUCCGCCGACACCGCCGCCGUGUCCCCAGAAUCCGCCGCCACAUCUCACUGCGCGGGAAGAGGGCCAUCACGACCCGUGUAAUCCGUACACGGACGACGAGUUCCUGCAGUACGACUUUCCCGGCGAAAUCCAGCUCGUUGCCAUUCCCAUCCGCGCGCACAAGGCCAAGCCGAAACGAAGCAGCACCAGCCGCGUACACAACGCCAAGCCGCCGUCGCUCCACAGCAAGGAGAUCAGUUCUGAUACGAGUGGUAGUGGUGGUGGUAUUGGCAGUGGCAGUGGUGAUGUCACUUGUGCAGAAUCCGUGUCAUCGCUCAACAAGGGCACCAGUACCGAUGCCAGUGAUGCUGGUGGCGGUGGUAGUAGUGGCGAUGUCACCUGCACAGAAUCCGCGUCCGAAACGGUCUCCUCUCACGAAACUCCAUCCGGUGAUAUUCGCUGCGCAAAACCCGUACCCGACGCCGUCUCCGCUCAGGAAACUCCAUCUAGCGGCUCGGCUGCUGGUGGCGGCGCUGAUGAUAUAUACACAAAGUGCACACCCAGCCUAGCAACCUCUGAGCAGGAAGCACCGCCGGCAAGCCCCACCAAGGAAACCAGUCCCGGCACAAGUGGUGGUGGUAGUAUUGGUAGUAGUGAUGGUGUCGCGUGUACAGAAUCCACGUCUGACGCCGUCGCCACUCCGGAAAUUCCAUGUGGCGGCCCAGCUGCUGGCAGCGACGAUGGUGAUACUUGCUGUGCAGAAUCCGUGUCCAGCACUGCCUCCACUCAGGAAACUCCAUCUGGUGACAUUCGUUGCACCGAAUCCGUGUCUGACGCCGACACCACUCAGGAAACUCCAUCUGGUGACAUUCGUUGCACCGAAUCCGUGUCUGACGCCAACACCACUCAGGAAACUCCAUCUGGUGACAUUCGUGGCACAGAACUCGUGUCUGACGCCGACACCACUCAGGAAACUCCAUCUGGUGAUAUUCGCUGCACAGAAUCCGUGUCUGACGCCGACACCACUCAGGAAACUCCAACUGGUGACAUUCGUUGCACCGAAUCCGUGUCUGACUCCGACACCACUCAUGAAACUCCAUCUGGUGACAUUCGUUGCACAGAACCCGUGUCUGACGCCGACACCACUCAGGAAACUCCAUCUGGUGAUAUUCGCUGCACCGAAUCCAUGUCUGACGCCGACACCACUCAGGAAACUCCAUCUGGUGACAUUCGUUGCACCGAAUCCGUGUCUGACGCCGACACCACUCAGGAAACUCCAUCUGGUGACAUUCGUGGCACAGAACCCGUGUCUGACGCCGACACCACUCAGGAAACUCCAUCUGGUGAUAUUCGCUGCACAGAAUCCGUGUCUGACGCCGACACCACUCAGGAAACUCCAUCUGGUGUUAUUCGCUGCACAGAAUCCGUGUCUGACGCCGACGCCACUCAGGAAACUCCAGCUAGCGGCCCAGCUUCUGGCGGCGGCGAUGAUGAUGGUGAUAUUCGCUGCACCGAACGUGGCACAUCCAGCGCAACCGCCCCAACAAGCCUCAGCAGCGUGAACGCGCUCACCUGCAGCGAGUCGAGGUCCGAUGCCAUGCUGACGCGCAGCUCGUGCACGUCCGUCAACAGCGUCAACAUCUCCGCGUGUUCCUCGUCGAGCACGUCGUCGUCCAGCAUCGACACCAUCGACAGCUCCAAGGACAAGCUGGAGCCGGCGGCGACCGGGUCCAACUCGCAGCCGAACUCCACCAUGUGCCCGAUGCCGGGCGCGUCGCUGUCCCCGCGUACCAGCGAGGCGCAGAUAAACACGGCGUUUGCGCAGCCGGCCGACGGCGACGGCGGCGCGUACCAGCGGCGAUCGCGCACCACCUCCAUCGUGCGCAAGCAGAGCUUCAGCCCCGGAAAGCGGAGCCAGGAAGCCAAGCUGCCGGCCGCCCCCGCCAACACGGCCGCGUCGCAGCUACCGCGCCGCUCGGCCAGCUUCGCGCCGCACGACUUUAACUACCGCGCCCGCAGCGCCUCGCGGCUGGUGAACGUCCAGGACCUGGCGCCGGACUCGAACGCGGCGCACGUGACGCCCGGCACCGGCCUGCGCAAGAGCCGCAGCAUCAAGGGCCAGCAGCCGGACGUCAACAUCAAGCGGACGAGCUCGAUGCGCCGAAACGUGGCCUCGGGCACGCAGCUGCGACUGGCUGGCGAGCAGCCCAUCGAGGAGCUCAUGGUGCUGCGCAAGGCCGCGGAGGGCGGCAAUGCUGCCGCUACCGCCUCCCCAACACCCAAGUCUCCCGUCAGCCCCUCGUCAUCAGUCUCUCACACGGCCGCCGCUAACUCCUCCGCUCGCCGUCGCACCGCCAGCAUCAAGGACGCCGGCGGCCUGGCGGCCAAACGCGAGAAGGCGCGGCGAUCGGUGCGUCGCCGCCGCCAAGAGUCCGUCGCGUCCAACGACGGAAACCCCUAGUCCAUCUCCUCCCGACGGCAACGACAGCGGCUCUGCUGCCAGUAAAACAUUGGAGUAGUUCACUACCACCACACUGAUCACCACGCACCUGGUGCGAUCAAACAAUAUCCUCUGUAGUGUUGAUCACCCCCUUCCCCCACAUAUCUUUAAUAGUACUACAAAACUCAUACUAAUCCGGUAUUUUUGAAAGGAUUGGGAUCCUUUUAAUCCGGUAUUAUUUAUUUUUCUCGCUCCUACCUUCCUUCCUAUUUUCGGUACCUUUUUUUCUCGAGAAGAUAGAGCCUGCUAUAUAAAGUAGAGAUGAUUAUUUUCCUCCCCGCCUCGCCGUCAGCUGGUGUUCUCCCCUGAGCACUGGCCAGUCUUACGUCACGUUCGGUCUCUCCCAGUUCGCCAUAAUAUCCACGGGUUCCGGGCCUGUCCUGUGGACGUCUUGUGCAUUUCCGUCUGCUCAUUCCCGGUGUCUUGUGUUUGUGUGCUCGCUUAAGCUUCUGUAUCUGUAACCAUCUCAUCAAUUAGGUCAUGAAAGAACAAAGUGUUAAGUUGCAGCUGGCCAUGUUACCAUGGUUACUAUGUGCGUGAA